AUGGAGACACAAGACAUAAAUCAAUUUGAGAAGGUAGAGUCUAAUUACCCAAUUGCUAAGAGAUAUUGCUGCCUCAUCUUCUUCAUCUUCCUCAGCUUGACAUUAUUAUCUGCAGCCAUUCUUCUAAUACUCUGUGUUCUCAAACCGAAGAAACCCGUUUUUCAUCUCCAUUCCAUACACCUCAAUGCCUUCAAACUGAAUGUUACCUCUGCGAAAGAAAUCUCUGUUUCCUGUUCAAUGGCUUCCUUGAUCUUCAUUACUCAAAAUCCCAACAAGUUCGGUAUCAAAUACAGCCCCUCAGAGUUCGGGGUGUUAUAUGAAAAAGUGCCAGUAGGAACAGUUGAUAUCCCAAAAUUCUAUCAGCCUGCUCACGGUACAAAUGUGACAGUGAUGAUGUAUGUAUCGAUUCAACAAUUCAACCUCAGUGACCUUAUCAACGGUACUCAUGUAGAGGUGCAAAUACUCGGAUGUAUGGGAGUCCAGCCACAUGUAUUGAACUUUCCACUUGCAAGAAUUAAGGUUUCUCUUGAUUGCAGGAUAGGUUUCGAUUAUGGUAUCGUGACACUCAGCAAAGGGAUAGAAUCAAUAAAGAGACACAAGGCUCUGCUCCUCAAUAACUUCCCUCAUCUAUCACAGAAGUGCUCAUUAUCGCUUCUAUAAACCAGGACUACAUAUGUUUUACUAUACUUUUGGAGACAACAAAAUUGGAUGAAACUGGCACUUCCAUAUCGACAUAGAUUUAGCUAAUAACACUAGUUACCUAAAGCAUUUUAUUUAUAAGUCUGUAUACCUCUGUGAAGCACAAGCUUUUGUAUGUAGUGCUACAUAUUGGUUGUAACAUUCUAUUCAAUCUUGUAAGCAAUCAAUUUGUUUUAAUGUUUCAUAUAAGGAAAAAAUCAUCAAACAAUCUCAAG